AUGUCCGAAGAAGAUUACAUACCAUUAUCGGAGGGAUCUGGAUCCAAGAAGGACAGGAAAGAGAGAGUCAAUACGACUGUCUUCGUCUCUUCAUUACCUUACACAGCGACCACCACCGACUUGCUCACACAUUUCUCAUAUCUUGGACCAGUAAGACACGGCUUCGUAGCUACGGAUAAAGAUACCGGUAAAUCGAAAGGUGUAGGUUACGUCACAUACUCCUUGAAAGAAGAUGCCGAUAGAGCAGUACAAGAAUUAAAUGGGAGUGUAUUUGGAGGUGGGAAUAGGAAGAUUAGAGUGUCCGUAGCAGGAGAAAGAGCACCACUGAAAGAACGUAAAGCUGCUGCACUUGAUCAAGAUUCCAAACCCAAGACCAAACCUCGUAUUGCGGCUGGCGAAGAGAAGUCUGGUGAUCCAAAUGCUAUAAGGACACUGGUACUUUCUGGCUUACCCGAAGGGAUCACCAAGAAUGUCUUAUGGAAGAAAGUCAGGAAGAUCGAUGGUAAAGCGGAACUUGUAUAUCCUAUACCUGCUGAAGAAGGUGAAGGCGAGAGCGAAGCUGCUAACCGAGAUACAGCGAAUAUCAUCUUUCCUUCUCAUGGUGAAGCGCUGAAGGCGUUACCUAAAUUACAUGGUCACACCUACAAAGGCUCGCUUCUUUCUUGUGUGCUGAAAAAGAGAUUGGAGAAGCUCUCAGCAAGGGGUGAAGGUAAAAGUCAGAGUCACGCUGGUAGAUUGAUCAUCCGUAAUCUCGCAUGGGAUACCACGAUCCAAGAUCUGCGAGCAACGUUCUUACCAUAUGGUCCUAUUCAUUCUAUUGACUUACCAACUCUUCCAUCCAAACUUCCACCUUCAUCUGAUCCCUCCAAACCACCUCCACCACCCCGAGCAAGAGGUUUCGCCUUUGUAUGGUUCCUUACUCGUAAAGACGCCGAGAAAGCUAUCGAAGGUGUUAAUGGGAAAGUGUUGAAGACAAAAUCGGGCAAGCAGGGUAGAGAGGUUGCUGUGGACUUUGCUUUGAGUAAAGAGAAAUGGGAAGAGGCCAGAAAAGUGGAUGGCGCCGAGGCAAAACAAGGUGGUGGACCUGCUGGAUCCGGUUCAGAGUCUGGUUCUGAAGAAGGAUCUGGAAGUGAAGAGGAUUCGGAUGACGACGAGUCUGGAAGUGAAGGUGAUGAAGAUGAAGAGAGCAAUGAGGAUGAGGCGGAGGACGAUGAGGAUGUUAAUAUGUCAGAAGCUGGCUCAGACGAAGUUGAGGAAGAAGAAGAAGAGCCAGUCAAACCGGCUUUACCAUCUGUCGAUGUUGGAUCAACGUUAUUCAUCCGAAAUCUACCGUUUGAAGCUACCGAGCAAGAACUAAACACCUUGUUCCGAUCAUUUGGUCCGUUACGAUAUGCCCGGAUAACCAUUGAUAAAUCCACUGGACGAUCGCGAGGAACUGGAUUUGUCUGCUUCUGGAAAGUCGAACAUGCCGAUGAAGCGAUUCAAGAAGCGGAGAAAGUCGCUAGAGAGACAGGUGCGAAUGCUAUGCCCCUUGGUGGAGGAGCCAAAAAUCCAUUUGCCCUUCCUUCAGUACUUACCGCGGAUCCCUCGUCUUCGCUCGUUAGUCGAUUAGUCCUUCAUGGGAGAACACUGGAAGUUUCCCGAGCUGUCACUCGAGAACAGGCUGGCCUGAUGAAAGAGGAUAGUGAGAGAGCUAGGAACGCGGGUGAUAAGAGGAAUACAUACCUUAUGAGAGAAGGAGUGAUAUUCCCCAACUCCCCAGCGGCGGCUUCAUUGCCCGAGGCAGAAGUCGAAAAACGACAGGCGUCCUUCAACGCCCGAAAAACCCUUCUUCGAUCUAACCCUUCAUUGUACAUCUCCAAGACCCGUCUAUCCAUUAGACAACUUCCACUGUUCGCCACUGAUCGUACGCUCAAACGAUUGGCUAUAUAUGCAGUGAGAGAGUUCGACGCGGAGGUAUCCAAAGAAGAGAGAGAAGGAUUAAGUAGGACAGAAGAGAUGGACGAAACGUUAUCGGCUGCCCUCGAGGCUCGCAAAUCGUCUAAAAAAGGAAAAGGUAAAGAAAGGGAGACAGCGGUGAUCCAAUCGAAGAUCGUCAGACAAACUGAGAAAGUUGAUCCGUUAAGUGGUCAAGGACGAUCGAAAGGAUAUGGAUUUUUGGAAAUGAGAUCUCAUAAAGAUGCUCUGAAAGUCCUUCGAUUCGCCAAUAACAAUCCCCAAGUAGGGAAACUGAUGUGGGAUUGGUGGAAAGAGGAAUUAAAAGAUCUGAAAGAUAAGACUGAACAACAAUUGAAGAGUGCCAGAGAAGGCAAGACUUCCAAAGGGGGUGAAAGUGUCGAUGAGUUGGAAGGUAGAUUGAAAAGGAUAGAACAGCGUUUGAGUGAAGGUGAUGAUCGGUCAGAAGGUGGGAUGAGAGGUGGGAAAACGUUGUUGAUUGAGUUUAGUAUUGAGAAUGUUCAGGUUGUGAGGAGACGAGUUGAGAAGAUUACAUCGCAUCGAGAUGGACCCAGGGAACCUCGAGAUAAGGAUAGGAACGGAAAGAGGGAAUUUGGUGUAGGGGAAAAGAGGAAAUCAGGUGUGAUCGCUGCUGAAGAUAGUGAUGAUGAAGGUGGGAAUGCUUCUACGCCCAAGAGUAAGAAAGCCAAAUUUGAUAAGAAGAGAGAUGGAAAAGGCGCCAAGAAAGAAUUCAAAGCAGGUAAGAGCGAAAGAGGUCCAAGGGUUGAACAAAAAGAACCUAAGCGAGGCGGUGCUGAGGAUGUAAAUGAGAAGAAAGGUAUCGAGAAAUUGGGCAAUCAUCUGGGUAGUUUGAUUGGUAGAAAGAGAAAACAGAGAAGAGGCGGGAAAUAG